AUGCAUUUCUCUCUUUCUGCCCUCUUCGUCGCAGCUCUCGGCCUGACCAGCACAGCUCUGGCCGCAGCUAUCCCAGAGACUGAGCACACAGUCUCCGAGUACCACUGGCAUGGUUGUGCCGCGGGUGUUUUCUGCACUUCAGACAGCGACUGCCGCUCAGAGGAUGCCUGUCUGACUACAGCUGACAAUAUCCCGACCAACAUCCACUGCGGCCAGGCCAAUUACCCUCAUAGCUGCUGGGCUGAAUACACCACCUGA